GAAGAGAGGCAGCGCAACAGAGAGUUGCUGUGAUGAGUAUUCACAAACCUGCCCAUAUGGAUGGAUAAGAAUUAACAAGGAGAAAAAGGAGAAAAAGAAGAAUACAACAUCCCUGUCAGGACUAAUCUCUAUGGACUUUUUGCUGUUUCUGUGUGGGACUCCGGUGGGAAAGAACAUCUGUCAUUUGUGUGACCCUUGUAUGUUCGUCAAUAUUCAAUUCAAAUUGUUGGAUUACUGCUGGAAUGAGCAGAAGAUCAACCAGCAGUUUCAAUCGGGCAACCUGGAUUGUUGCAGAGCUGCACUGAGAGGGGACAGCGUGGUGUAGGGACCAACUCCAAGGCAUCUGUGUUUACCCUGCAUGGUCACUGUGAGAGAAAUAUGUGGCAUUGAAGGACAGACAGUGUUGUACGCAGCGCCUGAUAAGUCCAACUCUUGUCUGGGAUCUUCUUGCAAAUCUAUACAGGCUUUUCAUCUGAUUAACUCACUCCUAUCUCAUGAGGAUGACCUUCCCCGCGAAUUGCUGAUUCAACCCCUAUCCCAUGCACGUAUAAAAACACAUGUCAUGGUGAUUGGUCUCGCAUGCUCUCUAAUAAUCUGCUCCACUCACGCCAUCUCCAGUGACUUAGGGAUCAGCAUGUCGAGGGGAAAACUGGGGACCUUUGCUGGAUUAACAAGUCAGUGGCAUCUGGAGCCAUGCGUACAGAGACAAUGACAAACAUGGAGAACGAAGAUCUUUUCCAUUAGUGCUCCGAGGGGGGACCUCGGCCUGGAUGCUGCCCGGACUGAUUUCUGGACAUCAUAAUGUUUACACCGAGAACACUUCAUGUGCAACUGACAAACUCUGCCUCUUGGAGUACGACCUAAUGGAUGUUACUCUUGUACUGUGUUUACAGAGCUUCAUAAUAUCUUUUCACUGAGGACAAAAAAAAGCAAAAAGGCAAGGAUUUGGAUCAUAAUACUAUGAGCAGUACAUUCCAGCCCUGCUGAGGGGUCUGUAUUUCUUUGUUUUCUUGGUUGGAUUUUUUUCUCCUGCCUGGGAAUAUCAUGAUCAUAAACAGGAGGUGGCUCCGACAUCUUAUCCCUGUUCCACUCAUCCAUCAGAGCUCACACCAACACCAAAGCAAAUGUACCAGAGGACAGAAAAAAUCUGCAGAGGACACUAGCGUAUAAAUUAUUCUCUGAAAUCCACUGCCUGUAUUUGACUGAUUCCUUAGCUUUCUUACCAUUGAGGUCAGGAAGAAAAAGCUGGCAGCUCUUUGGCGCGACGGACAGGUGUUUUUUUGGCUGUCAGCCUCACGGGGAGGGACUAGCAGUAAAAGGGAAAAGCCUCGCUUUGGGGCUCUGCUGGAGCGGAAACACUUCCACUAGCUAUGUUUGGAUGCGAUGAUCGUCUCAGUGGAUGCAACAUGGACUCUAUGGCCUGAUUACACAGCCCUGAUACUCAGAUAGUGCUGGAGGCAAGGGAUAAUGCAUAUCCUUCCCUGCUGUGAACAAGAAGCCACCAUGAGCAACGUCACGGUCACCGACAACACCGAGCCCAUCAGCCGCACCAUGAGUCCGGCAACUCCCGGCCCGUACCCCUAUCCUGUUAGUUUCCAGGUCUCCCUGACUGGCUUCCUCAUGUUGGAGAUCCUCCUGGGCCUGAGCUCUAACCUCACUGUGCUUGCCCUUUACUGUAUGAAGUCAAACCUCAUUAGUUCUGUCAGUAACAUUGUCACUAUGAACCUUCAUGUGUUGGAUGUGCUCAUCUGUGUGUGCUGCAUCCCUCUCACCAUUGUGGUUGUGCUGCUCUCCCUGGAGGGAGACACUGCACUCGUCUGCUGCUUCCAUGAAGCCUGUGUCUCCUUCGCUAGCGUCGCCACUGCUGCUAAUGUGCUGGCUAUCACCCUUGAUCGCUACGACAUUUCAGUCAAACCAGCCAACCGGGUGCUGACAAUGGGCCGUGCCCUGACCCUGCUGGCUGGCAUAUGGGUGUUAUCCUUCAUUAGCUUCCUGGUACCAUUUAUUGAGGUGGGUUUCUUCGCCCAGGGCCAAGCUGAUCUGAACCAGACAGUGGUGGAGAAUGUGGUCCACACUAACCAGUACUACACAGAACUUGACCUGUAUUACCACCUGCUGGCUCAGAUUCCUAUUUUCUUCCUUACUGUCGUUGUCAUGCUCAUCACUUACUCAAAGAUCCUGCAGGCUCUCAACAUUCGCAUUGGCACGCGUUUCCACGCUUCACAGAAGAAGAAGGCUCGCAGGAAAAAUCCAUCCAUGACAGCCAUGACACCACAGCAGGAGGCCACAGAUACAUCACAGAGCAGUGGCAGCCGCAUGCCCACACUGGGUAUGCGUACCUCCGUCUCACUCAUCAUCGCCUUGCGAAGGGCUGUCAAGCGCCACAGAGAAAGGAGAGCGCGCCAAAAGAGGGUUUUCAGGAUGUCCCUCCUGAUUGUGUCUACCUUCCUGCUGUGCUGGACACCCAUCACAGUGCUCAACACAGUCAUCCUGAGUGUGGGCCCCAGUGACCUAAUGGUCAAGUUAAGACUUGGCUUCCUGGUCAUGGCUUAUGGGACCACUAUCUUUCACCCUUUAUUGUAUGCCUUCACUAGGCAAAAGUUCCAGAAAGUCUUGAAAAGCAAGAUGAAGAAGCGAGUAGUGUCAAUCAUUGAGGCAGAUCCCACUCCUAAUAAUGCCAUUAUCCACAACUCCUGGAUCGACCCAAAGAGGAACAAAAAGGUGACAUUUGAGGACAAAGAUGCCCGACAGAAAUGUCUGUCUUCUGAGGAUGUGGAGUGAAGGAAUUCCUUAUUUUUAGGGUAGACAUUCAACAAAUGCAGCUAAAACUGACAUCAGGUCAUGAUGAAAAAGGGAAAAUGUUAACCCAAAGCAGUAAUGUAAAUAAUAUGUGCAAUAGAAUGUACAAAAACAAGAGGUGGAUAAUUUAUUACUAUUUAUUGAAAGUAGGUUUCAUAGAUACACCAUAUACUGUACUGUAGAUAUUGCAUGGCUUUUUGUAAUGGUAGCAACAUACAGUGCAUUGUGUAUAUACAUAAUACAUGUACAGCAUAGGGUAAACAAGGUAUAUAAAUAGAGAGAGCAUUAGGAAUUAUUAUGUUUAUGUAAAUUUAUAAUAAAUUUCGUGUUCACUCACCUAACGCAGCAAAAGGUUUCGUAUUCUCCGCUCCACCAAGUAAAGUGUUUUGUGAUUCUGUGACAACCGUGAGAUUACUCCCAUCCAUCACCAUGCCACUUGCUCCGACACCAGACCUGCAAUCCCCACUGACCACUGACCUUAUUGCCUUUGAGCCCUCUGAGGGAAGGCACACGGGUCAAACAUGGAGACACAGGAAUGGAAAGAAAGUCAUAAGUAAUGUAUGUUUUGUUGCUAUAGCUGAAAAGCUGCAGGGGUAUCGUUCACAAUCACUCUUCUAGAGUUAAAGAAGAACACUUGCAUUCCACAGACAAAACAGAAGACCAUGGUUCUCUUCACCUGGUUUGAAAUAAACCAGAUGUAAUCAAAGCCUAGUCUGUUUCCCUUUAACAGUCAUGUCUUUGAGCCAAAUGGAAAAUCUACAGUUGCCUUAUUUUGGUUUGAUGCAUUGAGCAUUACUUUAUGGUGGGACUGUGACAGUAAGAGCACAUAGAGAACAGAAUGAAUAAAUAAUAACAAAUAUUCUUAUAAUUCUCAAAGUGAAUAGAUUUCUCAGAUGUUAUGUUUUCACAAAGAAGUUAUUUAAUCCAACUGAAGGAACAUUUUGAAAAUGGUUGUAUUAUCAAAUUGUCUGUUUUAAUAACACUAGCGACAAUACUCUCCAAAUAAGCAAAUCCAUAACUGCAAUAAAGAACUACUGCAAAAAUC